UAAUGAGGGUUGUUGGAAAGAUAGGGACUGUGUCUUCCUAAGGAUGGAGGAGACAAGGGUGCCUCUGCUCUGGACCUUUGGAAAUAAAAUAGGUGAAAAUAGAACUUCCUGGAUUUCUUUCAGCUGCAGCCAGGAGUCUGUUCACAGACUCUCCUACCAAGCAGUUUUCAAAAGGGGUCUGUAGAAUAAUGUAUGUGCAAGUAUUUUGAACAUCUUGUUCAGUGUGAAAAAAGUUCCUUUCAGAAUUGAUUGCACUCUUAUGCUUUUUAGUUGAUGAAUGCAGUAAUAGGCAGUUUAAUUAUGUUAGCUUCCUGCUUAACAAAGGCAGCAGGUAAUUUUUCAGUCCCAGGAUUGGACAGUUACUGCAUAUUUGAACAAAUGUGACCAUUACUUCUAAUCAUGUAAAACAAAACUUGAAAGAGUGGAAAAACAAAUAGUAAAGAAUUAACUUAAAUGUGAAUAGAUGCUGCAAAGGAUAAUAGGUAAAAAUGUUUUUCAGCUUAAAAAAAUGAGACACAGAAUAUUGAAUUUCUGCUAGGUCUGCUUUUGUGGGAAGAACCUGGCUCUACUUUUAACCCCAGGAAACUCAGGAAAUGAGGGAUUCCAUGGGGUUUUUUCCCUGGUAUUGCUACAAGCCUAGCUUUAGCCAGGUCACUUAAAUCCAGAACUGAGAAUCAUUAGGCUUCUGUUGCUGUGCAGUGCUAGGCCUAAGUGCCUCAGGGCUUUGACUUGAGGCUUUGUAAAAUUGCCUUUUAUCUAAAUUCUUUGUAAGUAAUUGCAUUUUGGGCAUUCCACAUUGCAGCUGAACGACACAAACCAAGUGCACCUGCAGUGUCAGUACUUCUGUCCUGUUUGCAGCUGGUUCCUCUGCUGUGCUGGGUUUCCUCACUUAUGCUUCAAUAGUGGCAGCUGCCUCGGGUACUCUUUCCUUACUGUUCUGACUUUGAAAGACUGACAUAACACAGUCCUCACUCUUACACCCAAAUCCGUGCUGCUCUUUGCUAUUCUUUAGGGACAUGCUUUUAUCCAGGGUGUCAGAAGGCUCCUGCCAUGCCUGUGGAGUGCAGGGUGUGACAGGCAGUGUUGGGCUGCAGCAGUGUGGCCUGGCAGCCCAGGAGCAGGCGAGUGUGCCGAGUCUCUCAGCAGAUGGAGCAGUGAGUCAGCCUCAGGUGCUGCAAGGGCAAAGCAAAGGCUCUGACCUCUGCCUGCAGAGGGGCUAAACAGCAACGUCCAUUGCAGCUCUGGAGGAAAGACUGGCCUCUUGGAUAUAGGGAGGGGAGCAUUAUGGCAUGGCCUAUGCAUACUAACAAUGCUGUUUGGAUUUUAUGCAAAUCUCCAGAGAAAUCUUAGAUCUCCAUGGAGGUUGUAGGAUGUUCUUAGGAUGGAAGAACAUACGAGGAAUCUGUCUGGAUGUGUUUGCCAUAUGAUGAUGCCUUUUUUUCAUUCUCCAUUCUGGGGAAGAGGGGAUUUGCAAGGCACAUUAAGUCCUUGUUCUGUGUUGUCUUCUCUGUGCCAUGGUGUGACCCUGCCCUCCUAAUAUAAGUAAGGUGCUAACAGAAACAGAUUAAAAUUCAGUCUCAAAAAAAUGAAGAUGUCUGCAGUGUAACGCUGUAAUGAACUAAGAAGUUCUCUAAUUUAAUGACACCUUUCUCUCAGUCUUGAACUUCUAGUUCAGAUUCUAUCUGUGAGUCUGUCCCAGUGUUCCUGAUCUUAGUAAGUGAAAUGUUCUGGAUUUAUUUAUGUGCAUAAUUACAGAUACUUUGCUGCUGCUGCAGAGAAUAGGAGAGGGGGUCACAGGUACUGUGACAGAAAUAGGUGUGUUGGCAGAAAUGGUGAAUUUCAAGUAGUUGCAGUGUCUGGGGAAGAAAAGUCAGAGUGCAAUCUGAAGUGAGGGGAGUGGGGGUAAGGUGCUACUGUAGGCUCUGGAUGACAGUUUGGUGUUCCCUGUAUUUAUUUUCCCCUUUCUGGCAGCCCUUGGAGCACAUCGCUGAACCGUGUAAAUAGCUUCUCAUCUGCCACCUGCUCCAGCAGCACAAGGUGGGGUUGCUGUCCUGGAAAUUCCUUUGAAGCUCAGGUGGGCUUCAGAGCAGAUCAGUGCACAGCAGUAGUGGUGUCACCUACCUGUGUCCUCCUCCACUCCCAUGGCAGUGUUUGACCCAGGUGUAGGCUCUGACUUUGAGCUGAUUUUGAAACUGACGCCAGGUGCAUCACCAGGAUCAUAUUGACCAUAAGUAUUUAGAAGACCUGGAGCCUUUUGUCCAUGCCACAACAAAAUUUUGGAGUAUUUUUUUUUCUUUUUGGGAUCCAAAUCCUCCUUAAACAGAGGGUAAUACACAGUGGUGUAUUAUAAGGCUUAAAUUGUUACCUAAUGAGAAUGGCUUUAGUGGCCCUGCAUUCCUUGUGGAGUUGUUUAUUUUGUUUUAUGCCGAUGCUGGGAUAGGAUGGCUCAAUGUAGUUCAGAGAUUUGCUAUAUCAUUUACAGAAAUUUGAUGAAGUGCAGAAAAUAAUUGGGAUAUUUUAAUGUAAGUCUGCACCACUGGGAGUUGUAGAAUGGGAAGGAUUUUCUCUGGCACUGACUUGUACAUGUGGAUGUUUGCCUGAAGAAAUGGUGGACUGUUGCACAUAGACUGGUGCAAAGUAAUUUGCAGUUGUGUAAAGCAUUGUCUUGGCAAGGAAGAGCAUUGUUUAAAAAAAAAAAGCAUAGCUAUUAUGUGAUGUAUGGCAAGUAAAAAUCUUAGUGGGGUCAUGCAUCUUUCAGGGCUGUCAUGUGAAAAUCUCUAUGGAGUGAAACUUUUCUAACCAACAGUUAAGUCCAGUAAAAGUCUUUGAGAAUGAGGAGAAAGAAGUAUUCAUUUGUUUUCCUUGGGGUUUGAACCAUUUGCAUCAGUUUUGGAAAAGGUUAAAGGGACUUUUUGCCUUAGAGGGCCCUCCAGUGGUGGAGGGCAUAGUAAACAUGGGAGGGUUUGGGAUGGAUUUAUAGCAGGGUUGCUGGAAACAGGAAGAGGUUUGGGGUUGGUUUUGGUUUCCAAUAUAUUUAUUUUUAAUGCAAAAGGUACGUUUCUCUACUCACAUCGUUCGUGCAUUGAUAUAUAUUUUACAUAUAACUGAAAGCAGCUUGCUAAACCUCUCAUUGCAUUGCCCCACAUAUAUAGAGAGAUACCUGCAAACUGAAGAAUGGAUUUUAAUAGAAGUUACAUUUUGCUACUGAUCUGGGACAGGUGGGAAGGAAAAGCAUCACUUUAUAAGGUGCCCCUCUGACACCUGUAAUGCUGUGUUAUUGAAGGAUAAAAACAGCCUGAGAUUUUGGAUUUUAUCUUCUUAUACCAGAAAUAAUAAGCAAUGUGGUAAGACAUAUUUUAUCUGGCUUAGAAGCUGUGGAUUAUUUUUCUACUUCAAUAUUUAAUUUCCUGUUUUAUCUUUUUGACUUUAUUUUAUGAACUACAGUGUUGCAGAAGAAGAAUACUUUUGAUGAUGUCUGCCUUUAGUUUUGACUUUUCUCUGUCAAUUGUAGUUGCAGUAAAAUUAGUCAAUUUGAGAAGAGACAGAAACAAUUGGUAGAUAGGAGGGACUGCAUGUAUUAGAAAGUUGUAUUUAAAUCAAAAAAUAUAAAAUUUCUUUUGUUAAUUGCUACUGUACAUCUGGAAUCCUAUCUGAGUAAAAAUAGUAAUGGUUUGCUUUUUUGAGACAUUCAACAUUGCAAGCUCUGACUUCUGUGGAAGCUGCAAGAUCUGAGGUGCUUUUGAGAAUCUUGCCAAAGUGUCAGAGGAGGAAAGCAAAGAUAUCAAAUUAUUGCCUUGCCAGAUUUUUCAGGGCAUGACAGUGUUGCACGAGGAAAGUGGCUUCAUUGCCAAAUGGAUCAUCUUUCCUUUCAGAGCCCUCCCACCCUGUUCCUGCCUAAUCCUCUUCUGACAGGAAAAAUACUGUAAUAAGACAAACACCCUGAGAGCUGUGACUGUGGGGCAUUAAAGGGAACGUUUGCUCGCAGGAUUGUGACACGAGAUCGUGUGUAGUAAUGAUGACUAAAUGCUGUGACUGCACAAGGUUAUGUAAAAAUUUUCUUACCUUUAUGUUAAAAAAAGGAUGCAAGAUGUUUGUUUUGGAGAAGUGAGGAGUGGGAGGGAACACUCAGAGUAUUUCACAGGUUAGAGAAGCGAGAGCUCUUCAGGUAUACUUUCCAUGGCAUGACUGUAUUCUUUGUCACUGCACCCUUAUUGCUGCUCAGAAGGCACAGCCCUAGCCUGGGACCUGCUUCACCUACCACAUACAACUGAAGAACCACUGGUGCUCAUCUUUGUCACUUUUACACCCAGUAUGAAUACUGACUGAAGGCAAAAACUGUAUGACUGAGGGGGAACAGUUGCUUUCUGAUGCUCUGUGUAAGUCCUUUGGGCAAGGACUUAUGAUGGCUACUAUUUAUGCAGGGUUUUUAAAAGAGUCUUUGCUUUGGUGUGCUGGUACCUCAUCACUGGAGGGAAGAAAACAUGAGCUUUUGCUGCUCAGAUCUUUGAAGAAUGUCCAGUUAGAUGCUUUGAAAAAUUUGCCCAAAGUAAGCUCACAUGUAUUGUGUUUAGGAGAGGGAGGCAUAUUCAACAACUUUUCUAUAGACUGGGCUAUUUUAGAGAUGUAGCAGCUGAGUUUUCUGGAAGUCAUGCUUCACAUAGGAAAAUACUGGAAUGUAUUUUUCUUUUGUCUUUGUCAGAGUUUAAAUCAAACAAAGAACCUUGAAGAAGUAAGUCUUUAAAGAUUUGAAGGGAUGGGCUUUAGAGUAAAGGUAUUCUGUUUUUAAGGAAACUGACAUUUGUCUCUUCAUGCUGUACUGCAGGUUUUUGUGCUUUGCGUGAUGAUGGGAAUUAGUUCCAAGCCAGGCUGAUGAUUGAUUGAACUGAGUCAACUUUUGUUGAGGUUUCCAAAGCAUUGCACAAGAGGUUUGAGGGGAAAAAGUUUGGGGGCAUGUGACAGUUAAUCUCAUUAGCAGUAAGAAUGAAGUUUAAGCACACUGUUCAAAAUUUACUCAGUUCUGUGCUGCUCUUUGUUUUAAUUAACAAUCUCUUGCAUAGAUUGGGAGUAUAAACUUCUUUCCACUUUAGUCCAAUUAAAUCAUACUUGGAGGCUGUCAGUGGUGGGGGGAACUCCUCCCUACCCCCCUUCUUUUAAUUGUUCAGUGAGUCUGUUGAAUAAUGAAAGAAUUUGCCUGACAAGGUUUUGUAGUGUUUCGUCUUCUUGAUGAAUUAUUUCAGAGGAUAGACGACAAUGCAUUGGAAUGACUCAUCCAAUUCCUCAGAAAAUGACAAUGAAGCUCAUUCAGCUUUCACACAGACUGAGCACAACAUAGUUGCAGCUUACUUAAUAACAGCAGGAGUGAUAAGCAUUCUCAGUAACCUUGUUGUGUUAGGCAUCUUUGUUAAAUACAAAGAGCUUCGGACAGCAACCAAUGCAAUUAUUAUCAACUUGGCUUUUACUGAUAUUGGUGUUAGUGGCAUUGGUUACCCCAUGUCUGCGGCCUCAGACCUGCAUGGAAGCUGGAAAUUUGGAUAUACUGGAUGCCAGAUCUAUGCUGCCUUAAAUAUCUUUUUUGGGAUGGCGAGUAUUGGUUUGCUGACUGUUGUUGCUGUUGAUCGUUACCUGACCAUCUGCAGGCCUGAUAUAGGAAGAAGAAUGACCACCCGUAGCUAUGCCACUCUCAUCCUUGCUGCCUGGAUAAAUGCAGUCUUCUGGUCUUCCAUGCCUACUGCAGGCUGGGCCAGCUACGCUCCCGAUCCCACCGGGGCAACGUGCACAGUAAAUUGGAGGAAAAAUGAUGCGUCCUUUAUUUCCUACACAAUGAGUGUAAUUGCUGUUAAUUUUAUUGUGCCCUUAACAGUCAUGUUUUACUGUUAUUACAAUGUUUCCCGGACAAUGAAACAAUAUGCCAGCAGUAACUGCCUGGAGAGCAUUAACAUAGAUUGGUCUGACCAAGUAGAUGUGACAAAGAUGUCUGUUGUGAUGAUUAUAAUGUUCUUGGUGGCAUGGUCUCCAUAUUCUAUUGUGUGUUUGUGGUCUUCCUUUGGAGACCCAAAGAAAAUUUCUCCUGCAAUGGCCAUCAUAGCUCCUCUCUUUGCAAAAUCUUCCACAUUCUAUAACCCCUGCAUUUAUGUCAUUGCAAACAAAAAGUUUCGGAGGGCGAUCCUGGCAAUGGUGCGCUGUCAGACAAGGCAAGAGAUAACCAUAAACAAUGCUUUGCCCAUGAGUGUGUCUCAAAGUGCACUGACAUCGCAGAACUCCAGUCAUUUGCCUGCAUAAGUUACAUGGAAAGGAGUGAAAUCUGGGUUCAAGUUAAUUCAUCUUUUGGACAAUUUCUUUUUGAAUAAUAAUCUUUCCUAGCUAGCUGGUUUGUGUUAGUCACAGUAAUCUUUUUAGAGAAGCUAAGGAGACAAAACCUGCCAAGACUAGUUUUUGAGAGUUAGGUUUAUUGGUCCAAUAUGUCUGUCCCAAACAAAAAGGGUAACAAAGUGGCCGCUGUGACUCUUACAGAGCUAGACAAGGUGACAGAGGGGCCAGGAAAGACAGAACUGCGAAGUUGUUAGGUUCAAUAGCCCCAGAUUUUUCUCAUGUAUUAAUUCCUUUCAUG